AUGGCGGAUCUCUCUCCUUCUCCUCAGCGCCCAACAUACCAGAGCUACUUUGCCCCGAACGCCUACGCUCCAGUGCCUGCAGGAUACGAACUCCCACCUACAUCAACUCCGCAAGGCGCACAUGCUUCCGCACCGGCAGUGUAUGAUCUUCCCCCCAACUCAACCUCCCAGGAUGCCUUCCUUUCCCCACCUCUGUCCAGCGCGUCCACCAUAACCCCCUCGAUGACACACAAGCGCACGGGCUCCUCCUCCGCGUCAUUCUCCUCUCAGCGCAUCCUUCUCCAGAACCAAGAGCACGAGCACCACCAGUCCGCGCUCAUCCGUGUCCUGGAGUACUUCGUUCCCCUGCUCGGUACUCUGGUGCUCACCUCAGGCGUGGCACUCCUCUCCGGCCUCUCCAGCGACUCAGCCAUCAUCGCCCCGCUCUUCGUCCAACAACUCGGGCUCUCAAACCCCAAGCUCUGGACAGCCAUCUUCACCGUCAUCAGUACACUCCUAUCCGCCACACUCUCAAGCUGUCACGCCAUGGUCGUUCGUAUCGUCAUCCGCAAGUUUGCAGUCGCGCGCAGCCACAGGCUCAAGACGCUCGCAGGGUGGAUCACGCUCCGGAACGGGAGUCUGAUCAUCAUGAACCCCGGCUGGUUCCUCGUCACGUUUGUGCAUAUCCUUCUUGUAGGAGUGCUCACCACCUGCAUCAAUACGAUCAUCUCCCCCAACCCAUGGCCGAUACCCCUCGCCACGUCCACUGCAGAGGCAGACCUGGCAAGCGACGCCUUCCGCCAGUGGUACAUGACCAAUGGCAGCAUCACCCAGUGCAACUGGUGGGUAGCAUACCGGGACGGCCUCCAGCCUACCUGCGUCGUCGGCAACUCCCUCCCGGCGAUGCUAGACACCGGGCGCGCGGCAGUCGACGCCAACCUCCUCGGGGACACAGGCUACACCUCUUUCGGCAAAACCAUCUUCUCCGGUACGACGGGCGGUGUGCUCCCCAUCGACCCGGAGAUGGUCCGGGCCAAUGUGGGGAACCUGAUGCCCUCCCAGCAGUUGGCAGUACAGAACAACCUCUGGAACUACACGCUCGGGAUGCAGGGACUCAGCGCCCAGGUCGCAUGUACGAACGAUAGCGUCAGCCCUUUGAGCUAUAACAUGAACACUACUGUACCUCUGGCGACUGGGCUGCAGGUCAUGGGCACGUGUGCGUGUGGGGAUCAGCAGCCGGUCGCUAUGGUCGUCGGGGGGGAUUGGGUCCAGGCGGCUGUUUGCCCGGGUCAGAUUAAGGACUCGUGGAACUUCUAUUUGAGGCAUUAUGGAGCGUACGCGAUGAGCGGGGUGGAGAACCUUACAUGCACUAUCUCCCCGUAUCUUGUUUCCGCUACGGCGACAUAUAUUGGGACGAUGGACCAGCACUUGAUCAGCAACCUCAACCCGAUCAGUGUACCCGAUACCUCGAUCUUCGGGCCUAUGAUUGCCCUCCUCCCGCAGGCGGUGCUGCUAGGCCAGAACACGCAGAACAACAUUGUGCUCGAGAGUGUGAAGGCGGUGAUGAACGCCUUCUACGCCGGGAAGAACUAUGCGGUUUGGUACCCGCAUGUGUGGGAGAGCUAUCUCAAGGGAUGGAUGGAAUACGUCGGCACUUCCGUUCGCUUGCAAUAUACGUCUACGCAACCGGCCCUCUCUUCCCCCGUCUCCGGGCAAGUCACUCUCCUCCUCUUCGCCUGGCAGUUCUCGUCUAUCGACUACCUCUUUCUUACUCCUCUGGUGAUAAUGACCCUUCUCACCGUGUCACUCGCUCUGUGGGCCAUGUUCUACCUGCGCAAUACGCGCCUGCCGACGUUCGACCCGACGGAUACGAUCAGCCUGGUGACUGCGAGUGCGUGGUGUGAUGAGGGCCUGAAGGAGGAGCUGGAGCAGGCGAGGGACAAGGGCUGUGAUUCGUGGGAUAGGAAGGCGCGGGAUGUGAGGGUUGCGUUUAGAGGUGGUGGACUGGCGAAAGCGAGGAAGUCCUAG